UUUUCGAUUUCGACUUUUUUGGACGUUUGGCCUCUCUCGGCUGCCAUAUGGCUAGACAUCCACGUGUGACUGUCAACAGGGAGAGGUGGGGAGCAAGUACAUGAAGACAAGGCCACCAUGAGCGACAGCGACGAUGAUAUCCCACAGCUGUCCGUGGCCACGCUAGCUGCUCUGCAACAGUUCUACGAUGAGCAGAAGAUGGAUCAGGAACCAGCCACGGACCUGAACUCGGUCGGGGCUGUGGAUGAGGACUGGGGAAUGAGCCAGUUUUGGUAUAAUGAAGAGACAGCAACGCGGCUCGCAGAGGAGGCCAUACAGCAGGCUGGGAAAGGAGGCAGGAUAGCAUGCCUGAGUUGCCCUAGUGUGUACCAGCGGCUGAAGAAAGGUGACCUGGAUGGCGCUAACGACGUGACGGCCGUCGUGUUGGAAUUCGACCGCCGGUUCUCGAUGUAUGGCGACGCCUUUAUCUUCUACGACUACAACAACCCGCUCAGUCUACCAGAGACCAUCGGUCCGCAGAGCUUCGACCUCGUCAUCGCCGACCCCCCUUACCUGUCGGAGGAGUGCCUCAGUAAGGUGGCAGUCACGGUCAAGUUCCUGUCCAAGGGAAAGACGCUGCUCUGCACAGGAGCCAUCAUGGAGGAACAUGCAAAGAAACUCAUGGACCUGAAAAUGUGCAACUUCCUCCCCAAGCACAGCCAUAACCUGGCCAAUGAGUUCCGCUGCUACACCAACUACGAGUCAAAGCUCCUCUCCUAACAGCAGCUGCCCGCACUAUCAGACUUUUCAGCUCCUCUGUCAUGACUGAUUAUGAUCGUGACUCAACUAGUCAUGACUGUCGGAUGUAAGGUUACCCUGGGAACCAAUUAUGUAUAUAUAUCUUUAAAUAUCAAGGACUCUUUAGAUCAAUGAUAUUCAGUGCUGAAGGGUUUUGCAUAUUGUUUUGAAUAGACAUGAUCACUGAUGUACAGAUUAGAUAAAUAAAAAUGGAAACAAUCUUUAA